UGCCCCCAGGGCGCCAUCGUGGCGGUGACGGGGGACGGGGUGAACGACUCCCCGGCGCUGAAGAAGGCCGACAUCGGGGUGGCCAUGGGCAUCGCCGGCUCCGACGCCGCCAAGAACGCGGCCGACAUGAUCCUGCUCGACGACAACUUCGCCUCCAUCGUCACCGGCGUCGAGCAGGGGCGGCUGAUCUUCGACAACCUGAAGAAGUCGAUCGCCUACACCCUGACCAAGAACAUCCCCGAGCUGACCCCGUACCUGAUCUACAUCACGGCCAGCGUGCCCCUGCCCCUGGGCUGCAUCACCAUCCUCUUCAUCGAGCUCUGCACCGACAUCUUCCCCUCGGUGUCCCUGGCCUACGAACGGGCCGAGAGCGACAUCAUGCACCUGAAGCCGCGGAACCCGCGGCGGGACCGGCUGGUCAACGAGCCCCUGGCGGCCUAUUCCUACUUCCAGAUCGGAGCCAUCCAGUCCUUCGCGGGGUUCACCGAUUACUUCGUGGCGAUGGCCCAGGAGGGCUGGUGGCCGCUGCUGGUGCUGGGGCUGCGCCCGCGCUGGGAGGACACGCACGAGCAGGAGCUGCAGGACAGCUACGGGCAGCAGUGGACGUUCAUGCAGCGCAGGUACCAGCAGUACACCUGCUACACCGUGUUCUUCAUCAGCAUCGAGAUGUGCCAGAUCGCCGACGUGCUCAUCCGCAAGACCCGCCGCCUGUCCCUGCUCCAGCAGGGGGCGCUCAGGUGCGGG